AUGCGGUACCAGUACAAGACUUGGGGGUAUAUUGGCAUCAUGAUGAUAUUGAUUAUAUACAACUGUUGGUUCCUUUACUUCCCUUAUUUGACAUGGCUCUACUUUGGUUGGCAGACCCCAGAGCAAGGAGGCAGGAGAUCCACCCAUGCCAGAAGCUGGACUUUAUGGAGAUAGUUUAAGAACUAUUUUCCAAUUCAUCUCAUCAAAACUCACCAUUUAGAUCCAUAUCACAACUAUAUAUUUGGGGUACACCCCCAUGGAAUAUUUGUGGUUGGAGGCUUUGGAAAUUUUUGUACAAAUUACUCAGACUAAAAGCUGUUUCCUGGCUUAACUUCAUAUCUUCAUAUGAUUUCAUGUUGGUUUUGGUACCCUCUCUAAGAAUAUCUGAAAAGCAAUGGUAAUUUUUGAGUUUCUAAGAAAGCUUUGUCCUACCUGUUGAAAGGAGGUGUAAAUGUUUCAGUCAUCAACCUUAGGGGUGCCAGAAUCACUGGAUAUCCAUCCCAGGAAAUUCACAGUGUUCAGAAAGGAUUUGUGAAAAUUGCUUUGAUCUAUGGAUAAGUUGCCUACUUGGUCCCAGUGUAUUGUUUUAGUGAGAAUGAUCUGUAUAAGCAAAUUCAAAAUGCUAGAGCCUCCUAGCUUCAGAGACUCCAGCAGAUCAUGUGUUUUGGUUUGCCACUGUUUUAUGGGAGAGGAAUUUUUCAGUGCAGUUUUGGGCCAGUGUCCCAUUGGGAACCUAUGCACACUAUUGUUGGUCAUCCAGUCCCUGUUCGGCAAACCCUGCACCAGCACAUUGAGGAGCUGCACCAGCCCCACAUGCGGGAACCUAGGAAGUUAUUUGAGGAGCACAAAGGGAAGUAUGGCACUGCCCAGCGCCAGACUCAUUUUUAGAGGACUUCAGUCUUAGAAGGCGUUAAAGAGAACAAGAGAGAGUCCCUUUGAGAGAAUGAAUCCUCUAAACGCGAAUUGUUUUCUCCUUUCGAUUCUGAAUCAAAUUUGUGACUGAAAAGCAUUAUUUGUGGUUACAGAUCGGAGAUGACUAUAAGGUUUUUAAUAAUUUCCUUCCCUUUGGAAGACUCAGACAUUUCAUAGGUUAUGGAAAGGUACAGAAUUAUUCAUGUGU